ACUUCCAUUCUAAGCAAAGUUUGGGAUGCAUGGAUCAGGAUCUGUGUGUGUGAGUGAGUAAUGCUUUUGGAUAGUGCUGCUUGAUAGAGAGGCUGAGAUUUUGUUAGAAGUCAUUUUUUUUAACUGCUAGACUGUAUCUGAAUUUUUUUCUUAAUGCAGCUAUUGACAGAACACUUGAAUAUGUUUUAAAAUCAAAUUUGCAUAUUAAUUGGUCAUGUAUUUAAAACUAUAUAGUUAUGUAUUAUAUUCUGUCUAAAUUAUGUUAGAUUUAAUUUAAUAAUUCACGAUAAUUUUUUUAAGGUAGUGUGGUAGCUUGAGCCCUAGAGAACUAGACAGUUCAAGCUAGACAAAAUUGUUUAAAGUUGUAAAUUAUACAGUGGCCUAGAGGCAUUGUUAAGCUGAAUUUAUUUUCGGGUUUUUUUUGGUGUAUUGGAAUUUUUAUCUAUGGACUCGCAAUUACAAAGCUCUCACACAGCCAUGCUUCAGUGUUGGCUUCUGUUUGUGGCCAGUAUAAAUUUCUGCAAGGGUCAGCAUCUCGAAAAUGAUCCCAUCAUUAUCCAGUAUAAUGUCCAAGAGGAACAGCCAGCAGGCACAAGGGUGGGCUGCCUGUUGGACAAUCUACGUCACAAAGGAGAGACUGGAUCACUGGAGGACUUCCGGAUUGUAGAGCAUGGUCAUUCUCUACCAUUUGCAGUUGCUAAAAAUGAUGGGAUGGUGUCAACACUAGGCCAGCUGGACCGGGAGGAGUUGUGCCGUGGAGCUGACCAGUGUGAGCUGGCCUUUAGUGUUCUCUAUAGAAGAGGUGGAGCGGUGCACUUCCUGCGUGUUAGAGUGGAGGUGAUGGAUAUAAAUGACCACAGUCCUAGCUUCCCUAGCCCAGUGCAGGAGGUGGAGAUCUCCGAAACAGUGGGUUUGAGGAUGCGUAUCCCUUUGGACCGUGCUGAGGAUCCAGAUGCAGGUUUUAAUGGCCUGCAGACCUACUCUCUGUCUCCAAGCCAUCAUUUUGCUCUGGAUGUCCGUCCUUCAGGAGGUACCAAACAUCCAGAAUUGGUGGUUAUUAAAGAACUGGACCGGGAGAUGGACUCAUCUUUUGAAUUAACACUAAUGGCUUGGGAUAAAGGGAACCCACUUAGGUCUGGCAGUACUAAAGUCAAAGUCAUAGUGCUAGACUCCAAUGACAACAGUCCUGUGUUUGAAGAGGCUGCUCCAAUAGUUGACCUUCCUGAAGACACAGUAAAAGGCACAGUAGUUAUCAACCUUCAUGCUACAGAUCCUGACCAGGGUGCUAAUGGAGAGGUUGUGUACUCACUCAGUAAACAUGCCCCAUUAGAUGUGCAAAGACUUUUUAGUGUUGAUCCUCAAACGGGUGCUGUAGUUUUAAAAGGUCUCUUAGAUUUUGAGGAAAAAAGAUCCUAUGAAGUAGAUAUACAAGCAAAGGAUCGUGGUCACAAUGCUAUCCCAUCCCACUGCAAGAUGCAAGUAAGAGUUCAAGAUGUCAAUGACAAUGCACCUAGGAUACAUGUUACAUGGACUCCUCCAGACUCUCCUGUGGCAACUGUGUUAGAAGGGGCAUCAAAUGAGACCUUUCUGGCUCUUGUCAUGGUGUCUGAUGCUGAUUCAGGUCUAAAUGGAAAAGUCCAAGCCCAGAUACAGCAAGGAUCAGGCCCAUUCCGUCUCAAACAAAUCCAUGGAGACAACUACAUUAUUGUAACCAAUGGAAGCUUAGAUCGGGAGCGACAAAUGGAAUAUAAUAUUACUCUUCUUGCUCAGGACAGUGGUGUUCCUUCUCUGUCUUGUGUCAGGCACCUGACUGUUCAUAUCCUGGAUGAAAAUGACAAUGCACCAGUCUUUUCCAAAAUGUUAUACACCGGUGUUUUUAAAGAGAAUAAUAAACCUGGAUUGCAUGUACUGACUUUGGAAGCCAAUGAUGUUGACUUAGAUCUUAGUGGACGAGUGUCAUACUCAAUCAGAGAGUCUAAUGAACUUGAGACACCAACUGCUUCCUUCUUGAUUCACCCAUCCAGUGGGGCUGUUAUUGCUCAGCAGUCAUUAGACUAUGAGGAAUCACAGACAUACUCAUUCAUUGUGGAAGCAGUAGAUCAUGGUUACCCUCCAAUGACCAGCAGUGCAACGGUGCUUAUUAUGGUCGAGGAUGUUAACGACAAUUAUCCUAUCAUCAAAGAUCCACUUACAAAGAAUGGUGUUGCUGUUGUAAGUGUUCCAGUUAAUGCAGAAAAGGGGGAGAUUGUGACAGAACUUAAGAACCAAGUUCAUGAAAUCCAUCAUCCAUUGAGCAAUCAUUCUUCCCAAUACAAUUUUGAAGGUUUUUUGGCCACAACCAUUUUAGCAAGUGACUCUGAUUCUGGCCUCAAUGGAAAACUCCAAUUUAAAAUAAUAGAAGGGAACCCCUCCAGGCUGUUCUGGUUAGAUGAAAUCACAGGUCAAUUAUAUGUGAACACCACCAAUGCUACAGAAUUGAUUGGCAAAGCUUUUAAAGUGAUAAUUGCAGUUUCAGACAUGGGAACACCCCCACUUGUCACACAGACAACAAUGGAGCUUACAUUCAUCAAUGUUCGUGACCACCUUAAGAACUCUGCUCCUGGACAACAAGCACAGUUCAGUUUUACAAUGCUUUUAGCUAUCUGCAUUGGGGGAACCUGCUUGCUUUUACUGCUAGCUUUUGCUUUGGUUAGCACAUUCUGUCGACCAGAAAAACGAGACACUCAUGCUUACAACUGCAGACAAGCUGAAUCUACCUAUGCUAGUCACCCUCGCAGACCACAGAAACACAUUCAGAAAACAGAUAUACAGCUGGUUCCUGUCUUAAGGGGCAGAAAAGAUGACCUGUCUAAAGAGGAGUCCCAGCCACUCUCAUCUGAUUCUCCUCUGCCAGAAGAACCUCAACCAGAAAGCCAACUCAGUCUUUCACCAACGCUUGCUCACCUGGUACAAAGCCAGGCUUAUGCCGAAAACAAUGGUACUCUUCCAUUCAUACAGAGCAAGACACUCAGGAAACCUGGGAGCAUAGAAUGCCCAAAUACCCCUACAACACCUUAUCGAACUCUGCGAAAGGCUCGAAAUCCUUCCUCCUCUUCAUCCUUGCACUCACAGACUAACACAUUGAGACGCCCUACACCUGCAGAAGGAACUACACAGACUGACUCCCAAACAGUGGUCUCUGGUCCUUUUACACAGGCCACAUUAAGGAAGACAAAAACCUCAGAAAAAAAUGGAAGGCUAGAAGAACAAGACAGACACAGGCAAAUCCUGAGAAAUUUGGUGCGUUUAUCCAUGGCUCUUGGAGAAAACUCACUUGAGCUGUCUUCAGCUUCACCUGAGGUGCAGCAGGUGUCACAGCUGUUGUCUCUGCUGCAUCAGGGUCAGUUUCAGACUCGACCAAAUUUCCGUGGCAACAAAUAUUCCCACAGAGGUGGCCGGAAUGGAGCACAGGAUGCUGACUGGCUGAGUACUAAAGACAGCGGGCACGGUGAAAGUGAGCCUGGAGAUGUGGACUGGGAGGCAGGCAGAGACUUCCCUGUCGACACUUUACUAGAGGAGGGCCUCACCAACCUUCUCAGCAACCAUGAUGAUGUGUUCUCAGACCUCCCUGACCCGGCAUGGAUGGCUCGGCUGUCCCUUCCUCUGACCAGCGACUAUCAUGACAACCUUUAUGUCCCCGAUGGGCUACCACCCACUGAAGAUCAGAGCUCCACUUUAGGUAGCCCAAAUGACUCCGCCUCCUUUUCUACCUUUGGUAAGGCCCCAGAGAAGACGGGCUCUAUAGGAGGUGAAACUUUGCUUUCGGAAGUAAGCACACUGUUUGAGAUGCUAAUGACGCAGAAGGCAGAUGCUCAGCCGCGCUCAGACAUCCUCUACAGACUUUCCGCAGCGUAUCACCACUCCCUCGCCCUCAGCGGCCAUCAAGGUCGCGAAACAUCUCCAAACGAAACAUCUCCAACGAUACGCUGUGCCACUCCAAACCGUUACUGAUGUCCAUAUAUCAUAUGAACAAUUUAAACACUAACCCUUUCCCCUCCAUUCAUAUUGAGUUAUUUUAUUGUUGCAGUUCUGUCUGGGUUGUUUCUUUAAAAAAGACUUUGUCAACUUCAUUUGUCUCUUGGGGAGGUCUGUCUGGUACAGGCCAGCUAAGGCAACUUAAAAAGAGCUGUUUCAUAUUUUCUGGACUAAACUUUUAUGCACUCUUUUGCAACAGAGUGAAACUGUACUAAGACGGCAAGGAGGCAGUUUUCUCUCUGCUUCAAGCUGUAAACCCAAAUCGCUCUUAAACCGGUGCUUUUUUCACAAAUUAGUUUAUGAGACCUAUAGCUUUGUAUGGGUUUUGAGAAGGAAAUGGCUCUUUGUGUUCUUUUAAGACUAAACACCAACUGAACAAAUCCUGUCUCUGAGGAGGAAUGUGUGAAAUGUUCUACCACAAUGGACUGUAAGCAGCUUUACUUCCUCGGUCAGAGCCAGACUUUUGAUUAUUACUUCCUCUUUCUCCUUUUUUUGUAAAUAAUAUACAAAAAAAUAUUUAGUAUUUGGAUAUGUUGCCCUUGUAAAUAAGAGUUGAGUGACAAAAAGGCAUCUAGUUGCUGUAGCAGUGAUUCAGUGAUUUAUUAAGAUUCAGUGACUCUCUCAGUGACUAUCUUUUAUGUUCUAUUGACAAACAAAAUCAGAUUUCAUACACGUUGUUAGGAAUUACAUGUGCAUAUUUUUACAUGUGAAUAACUGAGAGCACUUUGUAUAUAACUUUUUAUUUUGUAUACAAUAUGAAUAAAAUAAACAUUUCCUAAAUAUU